AUGGGUAAAAAACAGAAAGAGGAGACAAACGCGGAGUCCGAGUAUGGAGAACCUGCUGUGUAUGACCCGACCUUUAACGGACCCAUAAAGAAAAGAGGGUGCACUGAUAUCAUCUGCUGUGUCCUGUUUAUGCUCGUCAUCCUCGGCUACAUUGUAGUCGGGAUAAUAGCUUGGCUCUAUGGAGAUCCUCGGCACGUUCUUUAUCCGAGAAACUCAACCGGAUAUUUCUGUGGCACCGGACCAAAUCAUGACAAACCCAAUUUGUUCUACUUCAAUAUUCUUAAAUGUGCGACGUCCGUCAACAUAAUGGCGUCUACUCUUAAUGGUUUCCAGUGUCCAACCACACAGGUGUGCGUUGAAAAAUGCCCAGAUCAAUUCUUUGCCGUCAUGGUGGACAAAUACUUUCCUGGUGUAAAGCCAGCAGAUGUUUUCACUCAGAGCCUCUGUGUGCCAUCUCUAGACUUGGCAAAAACUAAGUUUACUGUUUCAGAAAUUGUAGAAAAGGAGUUGUGUCCCUACUUCUAUACGCCAACAACCUCAGUGCUGGGGAGAUGUAUGCCCGACCUCAAGGUGCUGUCGGGUAUACCUCCGAGCUUUUCCAAUCUUCCACACUUGCCCGGCUCCGUCAACGACACCAUCAAAACCCUCUUGAACGGCACUGCGGACAUUGUGAAUGGCUUCAAUGCUCGAGAGAUUGGCGUCCGAAUCUUUGAGGAUUUUGCGUCGGCAUGGCCGUGGAUCCUCGUUGGUCUCGUAAUAGCCAUGAUGGUCAGUUUAUUGUUCCUGCUGCUGUUGAGAUUCACCGCUCCAGUCAUGGUUUGGGUGCUCAUCAUAGGAGUCCUGGGUGCUGGAGCUUAUGGAAUAUGGCACUGCUACUGGGAGUACGAUAACUACAACAGAAUCUCUGCUAGUAUUAAUGACAUCGGUUUCACUACCAACUUCAAUGUUUACCUGCAAGUCAAAGAGACCUGGCUGGCCUUCUUGAUCAUCAUUUCCGUGGUGGAGGGCAUCCUUCUCUUAACCCUCAUCUUCCUGCGGAACAGGAUCCUCAUCGCCAUCGCCCUCAUCCAGGAGUCCAGCAAAGCGAUCAGCCACAUGAUGUCCGCUCUGCUCUACCCUAUCAUCACCUUCGUUCUCCUGCUGGUGUGUGUCGCUUACUGGGGUGCCACUGCUUUAUAUUUGGCCACUUCAGGAGCCCCGAUAUACAGAGUAGUGGCUCUGAACUCCACUGAGGGUGACUGUAGGGAUAUCAACGCCACCGAUACCUGUGACCCUAAGAACUUCACCGCGUCAGCUUACCCAGGCUGUUCCUCCGCCAGCUGCAUCUUCAUCAAAUACAACGACGAAGGUCUCCUCCAGAGGAACAUCUUCAACCUGCAGAUCUACAACGUCAUCGCUUUCCUCUGGUGUGUCAACUUCGUCCUCGCCUUGGGGCAGUGCACGCUGGCGGGGGCCUUUGCCUCUUACUACUGGGCCUUCGACAAGCCGGGCGAUAUCCCCAUGUUCCCCCUGUGCGGAGGAUUCAUGCGCUCACUCAGGUACCAUGUGGGCUCUUUGGCGUUCGGGGCUUUGAUCCUGACUCUGGUGCAGCUCGUGAGGAUCAUCUUGGAGUACAUCGACCAUAAAACCAGAGAGGCACAGAAUCCGGUUGCACGUUUCAUAAUGUGCUGCUUGAAGUGCUGCUUCUGGUGUCUGGAGAAAUUCAUCAAGUUCCUCAACAGGAACGCCUACAUCAUGAUCGCCAUUUAUGGGAAAAACUUCUGCGUCUCGGCCAAAAACGCUUUCCUGCUGCUCAUGAGAAAUUGUGUCAGGGUGGUGGUGCUCGAUAAAGUGACGGACCUGCUGCUGUUUUUUGGGAAGCUCCUGGUGGUCGGAGGAGUGGGUGUGUUGUCCUUCUUUUUCUUCUCUGGUCGAAUACCUCUACCAGGCAACACCUUCCGCUCCGAAACCCUCAACUAUUACUGGACGCCAAUUAUUACUGUGGUGUUCGGCAGCUACCUCAUCGCUCACGGAUUCUUCAGCGUGUACAACAUGUGUGUCGAUACGCUCUUCCUCUGCUUCUUGGAGGACUUGGAGCGUAAUGACGGAUCUCAGCAGAAGCCGUACUACAUGUCCAAAAACCUCAUGAAGAUCCUCAACAAAUCCAACAAGGCAGCAAAAAAGGGAAAAGCAAAAGACUGA